GUUUACUUGAGGAUAUUGACCAGGGUCAUACAAACGUGUGGUCAUCAAGAUUCAGCUUUAUUGCACAUUCUUUUCACAACAACAACACGUUCUCAGGUUGCGAGUGCAAAGUCGAAGAGUGCGCCUUGUCAACUCUGGUGUUGAUGGCCUGUCGCUUUGUUUGUUUACUCUACGCGUUCCCCAGGCAUUAGAGUUGCCCCUCACACAUAUUCCUACAAUCAAUUCUCAUCUCUCAACGAAAGCAACCGAACCAUGGCGUACCCAUCAAUGGAGUCAGAAGAUGUCUAUGACAUUCAAGAUCUCAAACAUGCGCUCCGCACGGCGAAUCUGGAACUUGCCCUCGAACGAAGCAGGCACGCUGUCGAAACAGUAGCGAAAGACGAGGAACUUCGGAAGUUGCGAGUCGAUAAAUGUCUCCUGCAUGACAGGGUCGACGAGAUAUCCGAGGAACUCGGAGACGCGGAGGCUGAGUCGGAAGGCCUGGAGUUCGCAUUGGAUGAUGCUUUGCAGAACGUGGAUCAACUCAAGGCCGACGCGGAGAUAGCGAAAAAUCAGAUUCGUACACAGUCGCGAGAGAUUGGUAAUCUUAAGGCCGAGCUCAAGGCAAUGGAGAACGUCACAUCCGAUACGAACAAGAUCCUGUCCGAGAAACUUGCCCUCACCCGCGAAAUGUCUUCUCUCAAGCCCGAGGUCGAGCAUCUGCGUGCCCAGGUUGAGUCCAACCAUGGCCUCCUUGCCGAGAAACUCACCCUUCAACGCCAAUUAGCAACGCUGCAGGUUGAGAUCGACAACGAAAAACGUUCCACCGCCCGAGCCCUGGCGAAAUCCGGCAAGAAGACUGAACAGGAGGAGGAGCUUCGUACUGAGCUUGAGGAAAUUCGAAACGAGCUGGUGAAAGAAAAGAAGGAUCGCCUCAAGGCAGAAGCAGCUCUGGCCAAAGCAGAAGAAAGCUCAGCAAAGGCUCAGGCUGAUGUGUUAUCCCACCAACAAGCUUCCGAACGGAUCCAGGCGAAACUGGACAAAGUCACCAAACGGGAAGCUGAUAAGGCAAGCAAACGCGAGGAAGCACAGGACGCCGAAGUUGAAAAUCUUCAACAAGAACUACAAAACGAAAGAAAUGCCCGCCAGAAAGCGGAGCGGAUGGGCAAGAAGGCCGAGGAACGUGAAGCUGAGCUCGAACAGUUACGUGAAGAAUUUGGUCGGGCCAAGCGCGAGAUAUCCGCGGCUAAUAAAGUUGGCAACAAGGACCUACAACACACGGCCACGCAGAUUGCUCAACUGGAGAACGAGUUGGAUGAGGAGAGACGCGAGAGGAAGAAAAUGGAAAAGGAGUAUCAGAAGGCACUGGCUGAGCUCCAAGGUCGCAAUACCGUUUUGGAUGACAAGCUGAAUGCCUUCCGAGAUAAAUUAAGGUCCACAAAGGAGAAGCUAAAGGAGACUGAGGGCAGGCUCGAGAGGGCAGAGAGUGAGGUACCACAAGCAACCAAGAAAGCCGGCAAGAACCCUCGCAAACGGAUGGCGUCCACUGCUGAGCCUGAUUCUCCAAACCUCGGAACCCCUGGCGAUGGAUUUCCUACGAAGAAGACAAAGCGUGCCACCUCGGUUUCAGCCAUUGGUGAGAACACCGCUCUAUCGCUUACGCCUUUCUUGAAACGUCAAGCAAGCGUUGCGCCUGGAGAGACAAUCUUGGGAGAGUCGGACGACGAAGAGCCAUCACCAGAAGAAGCUACCCCCACUGCACCUCCAAAGAAGGCUAUUAAAAAGAGCGCGCCGCUACCCAAAGUCAAACCGCUUGCUCCUUCAGCUUCCAACAAGGCUAAUGCGAAGCCAGCAGCUCGUAAGAAAACUGCUGCACCUUCUCUCGAGAUGGUGACCGAAGAGGCUUCCGAAGUCUCUGAAUCCAAGGAUAAUUCCGAGAAUGUACCAGUCACCGUUCCUCUCAAAGAUGCCGAUGAUGGUCCUUCAAAGGGCAAGGAUAAGGCUCUCGUACCUAAGAUCAAACCUCGAAAGUCCCUCAUGUCCUUUGCCGCGUUCAACGAGGAACCUGUGGCAGAGAAGAAGAAGAAACGCAAGCUGGGGGCUGGAGGGAAUAGCGGCUUGGGCAAAACGCUCUUCGAUGCUGAUGAGGACGUCCUACCUGCAAAACCGAACGUCGGCAAGGGACUCUUUGCCGCAAGGGCUCUGGGUAAAGGUGUCUUUGGCAAAGGUCCAGCAAGGCCCAUCAGCGGCGGCUACAACAUGAUGAGCGAGGAGAACUUUACGUUCAGUCCGUUGAAGAAGGACAGAAGGGGUGCGAGCUUCCUCAAGUAACGACGAUCACGGUCACGCUUCAAUCAACUCCGUUCCCUUCUCACUGUUGAGGGAACAGUCUACGGCCUUGAUAUCUCGGAUUUUCAUGUUACAUGGUCGGCUGCAUAUUCGGGAUCAGGGGAUCACGGCUCUCCAGUACAUUCGUAACUAGCAUUUCUCAGGCGUUUGAUGAUACGGUAGUUCAACUUUCAGAAGACCAUGUUGGUAACCAUGCAUAUAAUAUCGAACCUUUCCAU